UGCUCACUGUUGAGUGGUGGAGAGAGAGCGAGAGAGAGAGAGAGAGAGGGAGGUAGACAGAGAAAGGGAAAGAGAACGGUCAUGUUCCACUCUGUCUGAGGGGGUCCUCGCCUUUUCAAAGAAAGAAAGACAGGGGAAGAGGUUGGUCUUACUGAGGGAUUCCUUGCUUGGCUGCGGUGCGGGGACAUCCUAGCGGAAGAGGCUGCUAGACUCGGAACCCAUCCCCAAAUCCCACAAACCAGCGUCAGUCAGAGAGACUAGUGAUGUCACGGGACAGGCUGCCACUGAUUGGCUCUUCUGGCAAGACAGCAGCGAUUAAACCCGCCCAGCCUGGCCUGCAGCGCCACCCUCAGGCCGGGAGGAGGAAGCGCGCCCCUCCAGCCUUGGCCACGACUGGACACCCUGACACCAUGGCCCCCUGGGGGGGCCUGUCCCUGUCAGAGUCUUCCUUCACCAGCAUCCCCCCGCCGCCCCCUGCUCUCCCCGCCCCUCCUCUUCCUCACGCGCCCCACGCUCCCCGUAAGGAGGUCACGGUGGGGAGUCAUGCCCCCUCCCCCACAGCCAGCCCGCUGCGGGACCCGAAGAAGGUUCCCCGGGGGGGCAGACGCAGGCCCCUCCCCCUGCACCGCCCCCCCCGCUCCCCCCGCCUCCCGCCCCUGCGUCCCGUCACCAACCUCAGCUUCUCGCGCAGUUUCACCUUCUCCUUCUUCGAGCUGCCGCUGCACCAGUCGCCCCGCGACCGGGCAGACCGCAUGCGCCACGUCUCGCUGCUCCUGCGCCAGAUCCAGUACUGA